ACUGACAGAGAAACCGAGCAAAACACUGAAGUGUUAAACUGCGCUGAGGAGACUUUACAAGGGCAUUUAAAAGUGUACUGACAGGCUGCAGUUUCUUGUAUUCGGACAUAGCUGAACUUACUAACAGACACAACGAUGAUGGAUCUUGAGAAUCAGUUUCUUGAAGAAGGAGCGCUGCCCUUGCCACAGGUGAUGGUGUCGAGGAGGAAGUCAGGCGUCUGGCGGGUGUGUGGGGUCCUGCUGGCUGUGGCCCUGUGUGCCGCCGCUGCUGUCUGCUUCACGCUCAACAAGUCUCAGAACAAUCAGGAAGGUGGAAAUGCACUGAGGCUCACAUUAAGAGAUCAUCUUUCAAAAGAAAAUGUCACUUCCAAGGUUGCCAUCCAUUUAACAGGUGCAUAUGACUCUGACGUGUGUAAGGACAACCUAGAUUGGAAACAGAACCAGGACCAGGCUUUUGUUUCAGGUGGCUUGGAAUUAGUGGACAGAGAGAUCAUCAUUCCUAACGACGGCAUUUACUUCGUCUACAGCCAGGUGUCUUUCCACAUCAGCUGCAAGCAUGACGUGACUGAGGACCAAGACGUCGUGCAUAUGAGCCACGCAGUGUUGCGCUACUCUGAGUCCUACGGCAGCUACAAGCCUCUUUUCAGCGCGAUCCGCUCCGCCUGCGUGCACGCGUCUGACUCUGAAGAUCUGUGGUACAACACCAUUUACCUCGGAGCGGCCUUCAACCUGCGAGCCAGAGACAGGCUGCGCACCGAAACCACCAAAGAACUCCUGCCCCGCGUCGAGAGCGAAAACGGAAAGACCUUCUUUGGGGUGUUUGCUUUAUGAUAAGCACUCUAAAAAAAAAAAACCAGGACACAUUGUACUGUACCUAUUUAUAUGAAGAAACUUUCCGUUUUUAUUUAUUUAUUUUUUUGCACUGCAUUGCGCCGUGUUUUAGACUUGUAUGUCAAAUUAAUGGAUAAUGUCCUGGCAGGAAAAAAAAACAGUACAUUUUCCUUUUUUUUUUUUUUUUUUUUUUUUUACGGUGUAGCACGACGUCAAGCAAAACUUGAAAAGUAAGGAAACAAUGGAAACCUGUGGUGAGGAAAGCAAUAUGCUGAACUUCCAAUGCAAUGAUAAGACUGAGAUGACCCCUACUCCAUGUUUUAUAUUAAAACAGGUCGAAAUCUGUAUUUUUAUGGCUCAGAUCCAGGGAUCCAGUUAUCAGUGGGGGAAAUCAUGGCCAUUUUCAGCUUGUUUCCAUGAAUCCUAAAUUAAAGCAAUUCAACUUUUUUAUAUUUAUUUAUUUACCUUUAUUUAACUAGGAAGUCUCAUAUUUAUAUACUUAAGAAAAAAAAACCAUGUAAAUUACAUUACAUGUUCAUUUUUAUGUUAAAUGAACGUGUAAUGCUAAUGUCAGUAUUGUGUAUUUAUGUGUAGCCUAUUUAUAUAACUAUUUAUUAAAAUAACGAGAAUAUGAAAAACUACUGCACUGGUUUUGUAAUGAAAUUCAAACAUGUAAUAAAUCUGACUGCCUCUAUGUAA